AUGAUGAAUAUAUUGCUGAUGACAUUUUAUAAAUUAAAUUUCCAGCUUAGACACCUAUAAAUUAUAGCUAUAUUAAAUUCAACCACAUAAGCUUUGGACCUUUUAUUAAUAAAAAAUUAAAGAAGCCCAAUAAUAAGAUUAAUGAUGAUAUCAAUUUAAUUAGUAACCAUUUAUGUUGGGGUAAUGUAAUUUAUUCAUUUUGAAAAUUCCUAUACCCUCGUUUUAGUACCUUUCUUUUUUAAAAUUAUAUCACUAUUAAGAUUAUCGGAUUUAAUCUACACAAAUGAUCCGAUAAUCAAUGCAUCUUUUUUAAUGCAAGAAAGGAAACUUUAUGAAAGUUUUAUUAUUCUAAAUAAAUUAAAGGAUCAAAAUUUUAUUAGAUAAAUCAAAAGAAAUCAACUAUUGAAGAAGUGCAUUUAUUAAAUAAAUUAAGAAUUAUAAUAAAAAGUUAGAAGUCAAGAACUAUUAGGAGUUGCUUCAAAAUUAAUCUAAAAUGAUAUUAAGAAUAUAAAAAUUUAAAAUAUGUUAUUAAAUAUAAUUUAAUGGAAAAUAAAAUUAUUAUAAAAUUGGAAGACUAAUGAAUUUGAUGAGAUUUAUAAAUUUGUCAACCGAAUGUUAAAGCUAAAGCAAGAAUUAGAUGAUUAUUAUUUAGCAGAACCUAAUGGUAUGGUAUAAUCUUUAAUUUGUUUUUUUUAUGCGGAAAUCUUAAAUGAUUUGUUAGAAGCAAAUGAAAUGAUAAUUCAUUCCAAAAAAUCAGCAGAUUUAUUCUUUGUAGAUUAUACGACUAACAAAAAUAUGUUUUAUCUUACUACUAAAUAUGAAAAUGGAUAAUUGCAGAUGAAUAAAAUAUCAAGUAAUGCUCCAUCUUUUAUAUGUAAUAAGAAAUUACAGGAUUUAAUUCCAUUAGGAGUUCGUGAAUGGCAUAAUAAAUUAGUAGAUGAAUUUAUAAUAACUGGGAAAUCAAAAUUUGUGAGAUAAUUGAAUCAUAAUUAUGUAAACCAUGGAUCAUCAAUUGACACUGUAGAUUUUGCAAUUGAUUUAACGUACUCAGAUUAAGUUAAUUUUAUUUGUCUAAUAUCUCCAACUUUAGUAAAGAAUGCUACUUUGAUUGUUGAUGAAAAAUAUAAUAUUACCAGUUACACCAAUCAAUUUAAAGAGAUUAAACAAUACAAAGUUCUAUUUUCCAGAGGAUCAUCCAUCAUUAAUAUAUUCCCAUAAAUUCAAGAAAUUAAGUAAUCCUGUUUCUUAGAAAAUGUUCUUCUUAAUACCAAAAAAUUAUUACAUCAGAGUGAUGAAUAAGAGGAUAUUCGAUACUAUUGCAAUUUAGAAAUAAUUCUCAAACAUUAUUAAGAUACAAUGAUUUAUAUGAUUGUAAAAUUGGAAAACAUUUAAAUAAUCUAUUAGAACACAGGCAACUCUAGUAAAAAAGAUACUAUAUCAAAUCAAUCUUCCUCUGCAAACGAAUUAAGUAUUGCUGAAGAAAGACAUCUGCUACUUAAUUAGAUUUCUAGAUAAGAUAUUCCCUUACUUGAAUAGAAUAAUGAAAUUAAAAGCUUCAAAUAGGUUAAGAGCCUUAUUGAAAAGCAAAGCCUAAAUGACGAAGCGAUUAAAAAGGUCUUCAAUAUUGAUACAAUAUAACCAUAAGUAAUUACAUCUAGAGGAGAACCAGAAUAACAUCUAUUGGUUGAUAAGAUUAAAACUGAUAGCAAAAAAUAUUCAGUUAAAUCUCUAACAUAAGGCGGAGAAGGUAAGGAAUAACAACAGAAAUAAUAGGAGGCUAAAAAAGAAGAACUUUUUGAUAGGGAAGACUAAUCUUAAGUUUCAUCUAUAAGAAUGCUAAGAAAUUCAAAAUUUUAUCGAAAAUAUGACCUUUAUAAUAAAUUUAAUAAGCAUAUGCCUUUAAAAAGGUAACAUUAAUUCUUAGUUAUGUUAUUUGCAUUAUGCAUAAUUAUUUAAGGAGUAUUCAUCAUUAUUCAAUUAACAAGUUUAAACUUAGUGUCAUUUGCUAUAGAUAUCAAUUUAUUAGAAAUUAAGAACCUUUUCUUUUAACCAUUGGAUAUGUUUCUUGUUACAAGAUGGAAUUUGUGGACUUACAAUUUUCAAAAAUCUAAUGGAAUUAUAACACCAGAAGAGUACAAUUCAGUUUCAUAAUUUGCAACCUCCAAUUUGGGACUUGGAUUCGAUUCUCUAAACUCAAACUUAAAAUUAGUAUUAAAUCGCUAAGAGCUUCAAGGUUUACUACAAACAAAAUAUAUAGAUGCUUUUUCUUAUCUUGAUACCUUUAAAUCUGAAUAAUAUAAUAUGACACUCAGAACAGCAAUAUCUGUUUUGUUGAAUUUUUAAUACAUUUUGAAGAUGAAUUACAUUUAUGAAAAAACAGUUAAAGCUGACAGUCCUUAAAUCUUUUAUAGUUUUAAAAACUAUCCUAUAAUGCGAGAUAUUAUGACUUAAUUGAAUUCUGAUAUUAUGGUACAAACAAUUGCACGAGGAUAGGAUUUUUAGGAUGAAAUGAAAACUCUAUUUUUAUUUUAGUAGAUAUUUUUAAUAUUAAUGGUACUUUCUAUUAUUUAUGCUAAAAUCUAUAUCAAUAAAAAACUUAUGGUAUUUUUACAUUUGAGCUAAUAUUCAGAUAAUGAUGCAAUCUAACAGGAGAUUUAUAAAUUUAAGGAACUACUUGAUAAAUUGUAAUCAGAUAAUUCUUAUAAGUUUAACUAUUCCCUUCAAAUAACAGAGAAGGAAUUUUAGUUCUUGGGUUAAAAAGUGGAGAAAGUGAGUAAAAAUUCCAAAAAUUUAAGGAAAAAAAGAAUAUCUCCUUAUAGAUUUAUUCUCCUUCUAAUUGUGCUUUAUUCAAUACUUACUCUAAAUAGCAUAAUAAAUUUUUAUGAGUUUUCAAAAUAUCUGAUAAAAUACCCUGAAACUGCUUAUUAUAAAAAAUAAUUGGCUGAUCUAGGAGGAGAUAUACCAUUGAUGUUCGCUUAAAGGGAAGUUCUCUAUGGUAGAAAAAACUAUAUGUACUUGGAUGCUGCUUAUUUCGACAGGAUGUGGUAUUACAUUAUGGAGUCCCUUAAUAAUACAAAAUUAUUUACCUCAUAAGAUCCAGAUUUCGAAUAAAUGCUUGUGACUAAUAGCUUUAAUGACUUCUAUGCUCAGAUUUAACUUAGUGAUUUAUGUGAAUAUCUACCAGGAGACAUAAAGAUUAGAGCAGCAACGUUAUGUCCUACUAUAAUGAACCAAAAUAUGAGACAUGGCCUCAAAGCGAUGUUGAUAUAUAUUCAAAACCUAAUUGAGACUGAUGUUGCAAUUAAUAACUUUACUUACAGAGCAGUGCCUACUUAAAAUGAAUUAGAAGGAGCAUUUAUGAUAUCGGAAGUGAUAAAUGUCAUGAAUUCUAAUUUUUAUAAUGAUUUAAUUCAAGUUACAACCGAACUAGUGGAUCAAUAAGAAGUUUUCAAUAUCUGCUACUUAUUUAUACUUUUCGUUGUUUUCCUGAUAAUUAUAACUGAAGUCAAGAACAAAAUAUAUGAAAACAGUAGGAUCAUAAUUCAUUUUGUUUAUGUGAUUCCUUCCCAAACAAUAUUCACUGAUGAUACAUUUGAAAGAACUCUUAGAACUUUAAUCAAUUUCUGA